UUGUUUUGGAAUUUACAGGCAAGAAUGUCCAUGUCAAAGAGUAAGAAUUUCGUGUUGGAAGUGCAGGAAUGGAAUAAAGUCUACGAUGCGUUGUACAAGUCAAAUGACAGGGACUUGAAAGAAUGGGCUCUCGGUCGGAUCUCCGUUUGGCGCGCCAGAUUUCCCCGGAUACCAACUGGCAUGGACGUGACAGAACGCUUGUUUAGGGCUCUCCUGAAGGCGGAGGAUUUGAAAUUGAGUCGAGUCGGAGGAUUUGUGAAUGCGACUUCGGCUCAGAUUGCUGAUGCCCAUUCGUGUCUCGGAUUUGCGGUCAUAAGGUUCGUCAACUUGAUAACAGACCUGAACCAGAAGAACGCUCACCACCGCCCGAUUCACGAGACCGCCAAAGACUUCAUGAUCCCCGCGUGGAUCGUCGAACUCCGCCACGACGCCGCUCAUUCCGGCGUCCCUUCCAUUUACCGUUUAACCGACGCUGCUCGUUGUUGCAUCCAGUGGCUAGAAGAACGGUAUUGGGCCGAAGAAAAGCCGUCGUUGAAUCAAAAGGUGGACGUGUGGAAAGACCGCGAGAAUUUGAUCGACGACGACGGCGUGGAAGAAGUGAAUCCGUGCGAAGAGUUGCUUGAAAAGUACGUGAAGGAAGUGGAUGCCAAGUCGCAGGGUGAGGAAGGGUUUGAGGAUCUGCUCGAUGCCUUGACGUAUGUCGUGAGUCAGAACACCGACGAGUUUGUGGACACGCUGCUGCGACCCGGGUUUUUCCUGCCUUCGGAGAAAUCCGAAAAGGAAAUCAGUUUCGAAAUGUGGCUGCCGCUGCUGAACGCAAUGCACAACGCCUCACUGUACUCCCUGCCACUGCUUUUGGAAAAAUUGUUGAAAAUGAAAACGUCCAGCCAAAGAGGCCCGAAAUCUGAGAAGGCAGUUGCUCAGUGGUUUUUGUUCAUCACUCGACAAGUGGCUCGGACCCAACUUUCGAACCCGGCGGAAGGAAAGAUUCCCCCUGAGGAACCUGUCGAGCUCGGAUUGCCGAGUGACUCGAAUCUCUGCGUGUCGUGCGUGGACCACGACGUACCUGUCAACUGGGACUGGUUGUUGCUCUCGGACCCAACUUUCGAACCCGGCGGAAGGUACGUGAUUCCCCCUGAGGAACCUGUCGAGCUCGGAUUGCCGAGUGACUCGAAUCUCUGCGUGUCGUGCGUGGACCACGACGUACCUGUCAACUGGGACUGGUUGUUGCAACUCGCCGUCCGAUUCCCGCAUCAGUACACCAAGUACUACCUCCCAGUAUUGUGCUUCCUGACGAAUUCCUCGGAUGAGAAGCUCUCGAAUCUCCAGAAGAUGUUGACGAGUUUCUUGGACUCGACGGAAGUUGCGAAGGAAACAGUGGAAGAGACGGAGAAAAUGGAAGGAGACGAAGAGAUGGAGGAUGAAGGCGAUGAUUGUGGAUGGACUCUGUGUUCC